AUGGCUCUUAUUGUCGAUAAACACCGACCCAGGUCGCUCGACGCGCUCACGUACCAUGACGAACUCACGGAACGCCUUCGCGCUCUCGCACAAAGCGGCGAUUUCCCCCAUCUCCUCGUGUACGGACCGUCCGGUGCUGGAAAGAAGACGCGAAUCGUGGCUACGUUAAAGGAGCUCUACGGGCCCGGCGUGGAAAAAAUCAAGAUUGACUCGCGCGUCUUCCAGACAAGCAGCAACCGCAAGCUCGAGUUCAACAUUGUCGCAUCAGUAUACCAUCAGGAGAUCACGCCGUCCGACGUCGGAAACUAUGACAGGGUAGUCGUGCAGGAUCUGCUCAAGGAGGUGGCGCAGACGCAGCAGGUUGAUCAGUCGGCCAAGCAGCGCUUCAAGGUUGUCGUGAUCAACGAAGCUGACCACCUGAGCCGUGACGCGCAGGCUGCGCUCCGUCGCACCAUGGAGAAGUACUCGCCCAAUUUACGACUCAUACUCCUCGCAAACUCUACCUCGAACAUCAUUGCCCCGAUUCGGUCGCGAACACUGCUCGUCCGAGUGCCUGCGCCGUCGCACGAGCAAAUCUGCGACGUGCUCGCCUCCGCGGCGAAGAAGGAGAACUGGAGCGUGAUUAAAGGAUUGCACCAAAGAAUAGCAGUGGAGAGCGGACGCAACCUGCGCAAGGCUCUGUUGAUGUAUGAGGCUGUACAUGCGCAAAACGAAAAGGUUACCGACAGCACUCCCAUACCGCCGGCCGACUGGGACGCGCUCAUUGGGCAAAUUGCCAAGGAGAUUAUGGAUGAGCAUACGCCGGCUCGGAUCCUGCAGGUUCGAUCGAAGCUAUACGACCUCCUGACACAUUGCAUUCCGCCUACCAUAAUCCUUAAGACGCUCACAUUCAAGCUGCUGGGUAUGAUUGAUGAUGGACUCAAGGGUGAAGUGGUUCGGUGGUCCGCGUUCUACGAGCACCGCAUCAAGACCGGAACAAAGGUGAUUUUCCAUCUGGAGGCGUUUGUGGCCAAGUUCAUGAGAAUCCUGGAAAUGUACUUGAUGAGUAUGGAUAUGUGA